AUGCUAUAUGUGCUCGCCGGCGUCUUGAGCAUCGCGCUCAUUGCUGUUGGUAGCUAUGCUUCUGAUUUAACGUCGCCCUUUGCUUUCUACUCGACGCAGCAUCUCGAACUCUCUUCUCUUCCUCCCACUGUCGCCCACAACGAUAUCCAUCACCUCUUCUCGGCAGCCGUCUCGUCUUGUCCGACCACGCAAUAUGCUGUGAUCUUCCAGCCGGGAGUUAGCAGCUCGGACUACGACCAUGAAGAGAACCUUCUUACCCCUUUUCUUGCGUCGCCAGAGAGCCAAACGACUACUAAUCUGAGAAUCCUCAAUGCUACUGGACAGGUAGACGUUGUUGGCGUCGUGAACACGAUCCUCAUGGACUGCCUGCACCAUGGGAUCAAGAAAGUAGAAACUCUGGAUACUGGGGAGCUAGUCGUUGCACCAUUGAGUGCGACAACUGUCAGAGAGAGCGUCAUAUAUGCUGCUAUGCCACCUCUUGAGGAUGGGCUGAGAAAGCGGGAGAGGCAGAUGACCUUGAGGGGGCAUGAGAGAUACGUGCAGAAGCUGGUAGAGGACUAUUUUGGCAGUGAGGAUUAUACGCUUGUCUAUGUUACGAAAGCCGCGGAAGAGGAGACCUCGAUAUGGAAUGAGCACGAGGUUGGUCUUGGAGCUGAAGUGCCGCUUGUUCAGAAUGAUUGA